AAGAGAAUAAGAAUGGGCGAAGACAUCGUUCUGAAUGUUGGAGAAAUUAAAAAUGCUUUAGAGGACCUCGCUUAUACUAAGGGUGCAGAUAUUGAGAAAUGUAUUGAAGCUGGACUGACUAAUCAGGAGUUUAUUGAUGUAGUCAUCUAUCUUACUUCUGAGAUUAGGUUACUCUACGCACUGGAGGAGCAAGUUGGAAACAUUAAAAACAAUGACGAACAGGAAUGGAAAAUGGAGCUGUCAGCUUUCCUGCGAGAACUAGGAUGCCCGUAUAGAGAUCUCACCGAAGGAGAUGUUUCUGACAGAUUUAAUUCUAGUUCGUCUCGUGGUAUUCUCCUUGAGUUUCUUUGUUCUGAGCUCAUGGCGGCUAAGAUUUCUAUUUCAAACAAACCUCAGAACGCAAUGCACAUAAAAGUUGAGGAGUCUGAAACUGCUCGUGAGUUAAAGAUAAUGCUGCUAGCUCUUGGUUUCCCUAAACCUCCGGAUAAUAUAUCAUCUCUACAACUAUUCGAGAAAGUGAAUAACAAGGUUCGAGAAUCAUAUUCCAGAGCUCCGGAGAUAUUACGGAGUAAACCUAUCUUUAUAGGAGAUUUAACUUCUACGCAGUGGAACCAACUGGAGGAAAUUCAAACCCAUCUGUCUGCAGAUUAUUCUCUACGAAGACGAAUGCUAUUAACUAGACUGGAUGCAACAGUUCAAUCCUUCUCUUGGUCAGAGAAGGUGCAGCAGAGGGAGGGUGAGAUUGCUGUACUGUACAACAAACUAAGAUCUGUUCUGCAGGAUAAACCACGUGUUGGUAUACCAGAUCUUCUUGCUGCUAGAGAGGAUGCUGCUAUCAUGGAAAAAGUUUGUAGUAGUAAUUCCAGGGCCCACACUCAGACUAGUCUUAAUAAGGUUAUGAUCGGAGAAGUACCCGACCGUGGUGGAAGAACUGACACAAUGACUGCUCCGCCCCCUGAGAUGCCGGGCUGGUCUCAGCGUCAGCCUGACCAGGGUAGAGGUGGAGGCCGUGGUGGCGGAUACCAAGGAGGCGGAGGCAGAGGUGGCGGAUACCAGGGAGGUGGAGGUCGUGGCGGCGGAUACCAAGGAGGUGGAGGUAGAGGAGGAUACCAUGAUGGCAGAGGAGACGGACAUCAAGGCGGAGGCUACCAGGGAGCAGGUGGUGGUCACCAUGGCGGAGGAGGAGGAGGUGGUGGACGAGGUUAUCAGGGUCGGGGUGGAGGAGGUCGAGGUGGAGGACGAGUACAAGGAGCAGGUUGGAGUGGAGGAAGAGUUGGAUACCGUGGUGAUGCAAAUUAAAUUUUAUUUUAUUUUAUUUUACGCAUUUUGUUACAGA